GUGGAGGGGGGCCUGGCUUCGGCCCCCGCUGAAGGCUCCACAGGAGUCAUGUGCACCAGUGAAGAAGUGUUAAGAUCCAGUACCCAAACAUAAAGCAGCUGCGUGGACUAAGAGCCCGUCUAACGCGGCGGAUCGAUUCGAGCGCGAGGAGCGCGCCUGUCACGUGCGCUGGGUGUAGUUGGAGGGGAGUCUGACAGAGCGGCCGGUCAGUCCGGGACCAUGAAGCUUAGUGUGGCACUGUUUUUCGCGGGGCUCUUUGGGGCGUUGGCUGCUGUCUUCAUCCUCCUCUCCUUCGGAACGGAUUACUGGCUGCUCGCCUCCGAGAGCUGCCUCCAGAACCCGGACGAGUCUGCGGUUCCCGCCGACGGGUCCGUGACGCCGGGGGUCGGUGAUGUCACGCUGUAUCACGAGGGCUUCUUCUGGAGGUGUAGCUUUAAAGGCCCCAACGCUGAUGAACACCUGCUGUGGAAGCUCUGGUUCACGAAUCAGGCACACUCCAAAGAGUGCGUGCACGCCUACCUCUUCCCGUUCCCAGUGUCUCCUCAGACCCACAAUGCCACCGAGUAUGACUCCGCUAUAAUCUACAGAGGGUUCUGGAGCAUCUUCAUGCUCAUCGGUGUGGCAGCUGUUCUGCUCGGCGGGUUCUUCAUCAUCUGUGCUGCUCCGUUCACCAGCCACAGAUUGUAUAAAGCGGGCGGCGGCCUCUUCCUGGCGUCUGGUCUCUUCCUGCUGUGUGUGGUGGUGAUGUAUGUGCUGUGGGUGCAGGUGCUGGACGUGGUGGACGUCUACAAAGCGUACCGCUCAUCCUUGUGCGACAGCUUCCAGCUGUCCCUCAGCUACGGCCUGUCCUUCAUGUUCGCCCCCGUGGGCAUCUUCUUCUGUCUUCUGUCGGGCCUCCUGUUCCUCCUCAUCGGUCGAGCCAUCCACAACCACUACGACUAACUUUAAGCCGCGGCUCAGAGGACGGGGGGGGGCCUGUGGUGCCUGCGUCUCCAUUGUAAACGCACAACAGUUAGCAGAGUUGUGGUUUAAAUGACCCGAUGGACUUGGAGGCUCCAAAAUACAAACAUGGCAUCCAUUGUUUAGCUCAGAAAAAUCACCAUAAUGAUCUUGAAAAGCUGCUUCUCGUCCAGUUUUGUGCCGUUACUAGGUGAUGCCGGGAACUUGAUCAGAUACCGAGCUAAUGCCUGAGCUUAUGGGUGUAAGUGAAUGUCUAUCAAAUACAAUCUAUAAAGUGUCUCAUUGAAGAAUGAUUCGCAUGCUGUUCUUCACAUGUGGUUAACGAGCGACAGGAUUUUAGGGGUUUGAAGAUAAUGACACUGGAUACAGAUUAUGGAGGAUGAUGGUGUAUGUUACAUUGUAUAAAUAAUUAUAUAGGAUAUUUUGGUGUUUUGAUGAAUAUUUACAACAGCAGGGCACUAUGUGUGUACAUUUAGUAUAAAAAAGUACAUUAUAAUGAAAUAUUCUCUAUCACACAUAUUAGAAAUAUACAGUAGAUCAGGUUUCACCUUCACUGAUUAUAAUUAUUUGCAUAGAUUUUGGACUCUAAGUAAAUAAUAUUAUCACCUCAGUCUUGUAAUAUUCACGUUUUACUGCUGUUUUGUGUCUUAUACUCUGCUUUUACUGCAGUAUUGUUUUACUCUCUCUGUACAAAGCCUGAAACUAAACUCGUUUUUGUUUUAAAACUUGAACAAUAUAUUUGUUCAACACAUUCAUUCUGUUUAUAAGUGAAGGUUAAAGCAUGAUUUACUUCUGUGUUUAUUUUAUGUAACAAUAACAGUUUGAUGUGAAGAUAUUUCAUUUAUUUUACUUUGUCCCCAUUUAUCAAGUGUGUUUUGAGACGACCUUUUCAAAUGAGCACUAUAUAUUUUCAUGUUUGCCAAUAAAAAGGAUGCAGUAACGCUUUGA